UGAAUAAAUGGGAUGAUUUUUACACUAGGUGAUCCUCAUAGUGGGCCAACGUAUUGAAAGUUUUGGAUGUUACAUUCACUUAAUAGGUUGGAAGUUAUAUGUUGGAUGCUACAUCUAUGGGAUAAGGGUUCCCGGAAUGCAACAUAGAAGAAGAAAGGAAAACAAGGUAUUGAAGAUAGCAUUCUAUCUUUCUUCAACAUCUUUGGUGUAGGUCUUUGGGUUCGUCAAGUCAGCGAGCUGACUCAGUUGACCCGAUGAGAUUUUGAGUUGAGUCAUCAGGUUCAGGAAUGCAAGCCUCAGUUUGGUGUAGGUUUUAUGCUACCCUAUUUUCAGAUAUUGAGUCAUCAGAUUUUAUUUUAUUUUGGUAGUGAGUGUAUUUCAUUUCAGGCUAGUUAACUGUCAUGUAGACCAUACAUUUUCUGUUAAAUAAAAUGAAAUUGCUGAAAUUACUAUUAAGCCUGAGGAUGCGGAUGAGGCUGGGGCUUGUAGCCUGGCUACACGUGAUUCAGAUAUGCUUUCUUUCCUUUAUAUUAUGAUUUAGAUGUGUAUAGAUAUUCUAUGAGUUUUUGCAAUCCACGCAUUUGAAUCAUCAUAUAUGCUUAUGAUUUUAAUACACCAAAAACCACCCAUGCAAUCUCAGCCCUGCAAAUGCAUCAGCAUAUCAAGCUCAUGGACUUGACAUGGAUAUGUUUGAUGUCGCCUAGGUGCGGAACUAGUUGUCCAUUCCAAUGUUACCAAGAUCACCAACCCACCUCAUUCUUUUGACAAAAAAGAAAAUGAAAAAGAAAAAAAGGCGGCACUUCUAACAGUCAUAGAUAUUAUUGUCCUCAGCCCCUAGAGUCUGCAUUUGGAUGUUCUGAUUUCUUUGUGCAUGUAGUUUUUUUGAUUGAAUUCAAUAUCAGUGAGUUUCUCAAAUGUAGGAUGUUUUGCUAGCAGUGAUUUCUUUGUUCUGAUUCCUUUUACUUUAUACCAAUGUUUUUAUUCCCAAAGUUUAAUUUAUCUAUUUCAUUAUGGCGUUUUCUUAUAGGAUGCAAGCUCUGGUUGAGGACUACAUUUUCAGUGGAGGCAUUUUCUCUAUGUCAGUAUUUCAGUAUGCUAAUGAGGAAAAAAGCUCUUAAGAUUAAGCGAAUGGAGAUGAAACAGAAAGAUUGCUCCCCAAAGGUAGAUAAACUACUAGAAAGGCAUAGUUGGAUUACAGCUAAGAAACAAUUAUUUGGAAAAAGUGGGACAGAUUAUGACUUCUCAUCUCAUGAUCCUCGUAAAUCAAGGGAGGAGCUUGAGAAACUUCAAGCUGAACAAUCUGGCCUGGAGAAGAGGGUCAACAAAGAAAUUAUGGCAAUGUUUGAGAAAGCUGAAGAUGAAUACAAUGACUUAUUAUCUAAUAAAAACAUCAUUGAGAAUGAUAAGUCAAAAAUCAAGAAGGUGAUUGAAGAGCUUGGUGAAAAGAAGAAGGAAACACUAAAAGUUACUUAGGUUAAAGUGAACAAGCUGACAAGCUAAAGAAGUCAGUGGAGGAUGAAAUUCAUUUUCUCAAGGGAAGGGUUUUAGAACUUGAAAGUGAUCUUGUGUCGAAGUCCACAUAAGUUACAUCUAUAGUUUCAAGGAAAAAAGAAGCUCUAUCUUCUACAUUUACUGAGAUUGACCGUCUGAAGGAAGAAAAUUCUGUAAAAACGUAAGCAUUAUUGAAUGCAUAUGGAGGGUGUUUACUGUGUUGGAGUGUAUUUGUUUCUUGCACAUGAAGGCACGCCUUAGUUAUAAUUCUUAUGAUAGGUUGAGCAAAGUGAAGUAUUGUUUAUUUAGAAAUGUGAAUGUAGAAUGCAUUGUAUGAUUUGAUUGAUAUUUGUAAUAAAUGCAUCAUUUUU